AUGACAUCAAAAAACUUAUUUUCAUCAGAAGUAAAAUUAUUUUUCAAUUUGAAAAAAACAUUUCAACCAAUUAUAAAUGUGUUCUCUUCUAUUCAGUCAAAAGAUCAGACUUAUUCAAAUAAUUCAUGGAUGAAAUUUACAAAAUAUUCAGAUGUUAUUGGUCAUAUACACUUCAGUCUUGAAUAUAUUUACACUUUAAAAAAAUUGAAUGUUAUAAUCAGUCAUUUGACUGGUGUCAGUAAUCUUGGAAAAAUUAAUAAGUUAUUUCCAAGUCAAAUCCAAACAAUAUUCAUUAUUGUUUUACAAUUAAGGCAAAGAAUAGACUUUUCAUUAAAUAAAAAAGAAUUUUAUAUAGAAAAUGAUGAUUUGCAUAGAAGUUAUUUUACAACACCAGUUCAGACAUUUGCAAAUCCAUGCUUUGACCAAGUAUUUGUUUUUGAUAUUCCCUUUAAUGAAUUAAAACACAGUGAAUUAGUAUUUUCAGUAUUAUAUUCAGCAUCAAAUGAUCAAAACAUUGUAUACAGUGACACUGAAGAACCAUACGAUAUCAGUAAAACAUUCAAUCUACUAUCUUCUCUCUACUGUCAUCAGUCUAGUCAAAAAUCAUCACAAUCAGGAAAAAUUGCAGAUGGGAUGCUAUGUAUUGGUGAAGCAAUUUAUAGGAUAGAUCAUGGAAAAUUAAUUAAUUAUCCAAAAGAGUUAAUACAUAUAUGGCAAGAAUUCUAUCCACCAUUAAAUUCCUCCGAUAAAUCUAUCAUUGAAAGGAAACCAAAUUCGCUAAGAAACAAUGGAAAAUUUAACAGAGAAGCUAGUAAAGAGGAUUAA